AUGACUGAUUGGCAAAUCAUUCCAUACAUCUUCCCCACUCUUAUUCCACCAGAGGUCGAUGAGCAAAGCGAAAAAACAAGGAAGAAGGUGAUGAUGAUGAAGAAGAGGAGGAGCCUCACCAUGCUUCUCCCACCGGUGGUGGCAGCUCAUCCCAUUUUGCUGCACCCCCGCCUUAUCAUCAACAAUAUAUGGACGAAUUCCAAUCAAUCAUACCCGCCUCGACACCUAUCAGCAGGAUAUUACCAGCCUGACCCAGAAUUUUUCCACCUUCACCCCCAGUACGCUCGGGAUCAAGAGCGUCAACGCAAACAUGAGGAGGACUUCUGGGCUUGGACCUGA